AUGGCUUUGGUGUUUGCAGUCAGAGAGAUCAACAAGGAUCUGCAUCUCCUGCCCAACAUCACCCUUGACAUGGAAAUCUAUGACAACCACCAGAUUGAGAUGAAGAUUUCCAUAACCAGUCUCAUGCUGCUCUCCACACGAGGCCAAUUGGUUCCAGGUUACAAAUGUGACAGGCAGGACCCUCUGCUCUCUGUCAUUGGAGGUGACAACCCCAAAUCCUCAAGGCGGAUGGCCUCCAUCUUCAACCUCUUCAAGGUCCCACAGCUCGGUGUUGGCUUUGAGUUCACUCAGGGAGACCGAAGACUUUAUCCUUCCUUCUUCCGGAUUAAUCCCAAUGAAUUUGCUCAGUAUGAGGGUUUAGUCCAGCUGCUCCUGUAUUUCCAGUGGAACUGGGUUGGGCUGGUGGCCCCUGAUGAUGACGAUGGAGAACAUUUCAUCUCAUCUAUCUUGCCAAUGCUGAAAGAGAAGGAGAUCUGCCUGGCCUUCACUGAGAAGUACACAUUUAAUUUUAAUGCUUUAACAAAAUGGAAAACGCUUUAUCUUAUCAAAACUUUGUCUAGCGCUGAAAUUAUUAUUCUAUUUGGAGACUUCCAUGUUAUUGCAAAUGUACUGACAGCAUUGUAUUUUCAUGAAUAUUUGAAAAAGAAACCAUUUUUGAAAGUUUGGAUCUUCACUUCCCAUUGGAAAGUUAAUGAGAUAGGACCUCAUCCUAUCCUGAAAGAUAUCAAGCGCUUCCAUGGGGCUCUGCAUUUUAGGGAUCGCACGGCUGAUGUCCCAGAAUUCAGUCAUUUCCUCCUGUCUUUAGACCCAUUGAACCCACAAGGGGACACUUUUCUCCCAUUAUGGUGGGAAUCAGUUUUUGACUGCAAGUUCCCCCAGAUACCUAGGAAUGGGAAUGUACAGGGAAAACAAUGUACAGGAAUGGAGAAUUUACGGAAUGUGCCAACUUACGUGUUUGAAACAGGCAUGACAGGUGAAAGUUACAACAUCCACAAUGCUGCUUAUGCUGUGGCACAUGCGUUACAUGCAAUGGAUGGAUCAGGAGGGCGACCAACUAAGUUGAGGCUCGGAAACAGGAUCUCAAAUGUCCAAUCAUGGCAGAUUCUUCCCUAUUUGAGAAAAGUCCAAUUCAACAACAGUGCUGGGGAUGAAAUCUCCUUCUCAGAAAAUGGACUGGGAUCUGGUGGUUAUGAUCUUCUCAACUGGGUUCUCCUGCCCAAUCGAUCUUUUGUCCCCGUGAAAGUUGGACAAAUAGAUCCUGGGGCUCCCCCAGGUCAGGAUUUCACCAUUAAUUCCGAUGCUAUCAUCUGGGCUACAAAGAAGGUGCCCUUUGCCAGGUGUGGCACAAAGAGGUGUCAGGCAGGAGAGAGGAGAAGAGUUCCAGAGGGAGAGCUGGUUUGCUGCUACCAAUGUGACCCUUGUCCAGAAGGGGCCAUUUCUAGUCAGACAGAUGCAGCUUCCUGUGAUCCCUGCCCAGAAGACCAAUAUCCCAACAUGGAAAAGGACCACUGCAUUGCCAAGAAGCUCCACUUCCUUUCCUAUCAAGAGACCCUGGGAUACACUUUGACUUCUCUCACUCUUUCUCUAUCUAUGAUCACACUGGCAGUUCUGGCAAUUUUUUGUCAACAUCAUGACACACCAAUUGUCAAGGCCAACAACAGAAAUCUCACCUACCUCCUCCUCGUCACUCUCCUAUUGUGCUUCCUCUGCUCCUUCCUCUUCAUCGGUCAACCUGGGAAGCUCACCUGUCUCUUCCGACAAACUGCCUUUGCCAUUCUGUUUUCUCUUGCAGUUUCUUCUGUGUUGGCAAAAACUGUCAUGGUGGUUCUGGCCUUCAUGGCCACCAAGCCUGGAAACAGGACUAAGAAACUCUUAGGAAAACCACUGACAAACUCCAUUGUUUUAGCCUGUCCCCUGGUCCAAGCAGUUCUUUGUGCCACCUGGCUGGUAACCUCUCCCCCAUUUCCCAACAUGGACUUCCAUUCCUUGGUAGGAGAAACCAUCUUGGAAUGUAAUGAAGGUUCAGCUACAAUGUUUUACACUGUCCUUGCCUAUCUAGGGUUUCUGGCCCUCAUGAGUUUCACAGUGGCCUUUCUGGCUAGGAAGUUGCCUGACAGCUUUAAUGAAGCCAAGUUCAUUACUUUCAGCAUGCUGGUCUUCUGCAGUGUUUGGAUCUCAUUCCUCCCCACCUACCUGAGCACCAAAGGGAAGUCCAUGGUGGCUGUGGAGAUCUUCUCCAUCUUGGCCUCUGGGGCUGGUCUCUUGGCUUGCAUCUUUUUCCCCAAAUGCUACAUUAUCCUACUUAAACCCAAUCUGAAUUGUAGGGAAAAUAUAAUGAGGCACAAGAAUCUCUGAUUUAUAUGAAAAUUGGUGACUUUCAUAGUAUCACAGCAGGAAAAAGAACUAGAGAAAGAAUUAGGUCUACAGAGUGUGAGAAAAGUUAAGCAUUUAGGAAUUUGGCUGACAGUGAUGUGUUCCUCAAUUAAGGAAGACAAUUAUGUAAAAUUAAUGCAACAAAUAAAAGUAGAUUUAGCAAGAUUGGAGCCAUUACAUUUAUCCUUACUAGGUCGAAUCACAACUAUUAAAAUGAACAUUUUACCGAAGCUGCUAUAUUUUUUUCAAAUAGUACCCAUAAAAUUGGAUAAGAAUUUUUUUGUGGAGUUGAAUCAAAUUACAACAAAAUUUAUAUGGGCAGGGAGAAAAGCAAGAAUAAAAAUAUACGAUCUUCAGGAUAGUAGAAGCAGAGGUGGGCUUGGGCUCCCAGAUUGGCGACUUUAUUAUAAAGCAGCAACCUUAGUUUGGGUUAAAGAGUGGAUUAAUUCAAGAAAUAAAAGAU